CGUUUCUUGCACCGCUGUGAUCUGCACUGUCUCAUUUGUACGGGUCUCGCAGCUGUUCACGUCGUGGGUGCUACGAAAUUGUCAAGGUGUCUUUGUAGCAUCCCUCGAGAUACACUAACAAUAGACGUCGUAGCAAAACCGUCGCUUCUCAUCAUCCAUCCAAUCUUCUGCAUCCCGGUUUCUUCAGUUUACAAGGAGAAAAGUCCUUUGUAUUUCUUCUCUCAAUUGAACACCAAGGCCCUGCGAGUUGAGCCUUAUGCAGGUCGAUAUUUCUCGAAAGAGCAGGUGCAGCCGCUUUCCCACUUCAACCCCACACGUCCCAAGAAUCUCAUCACUCCAUCUCUCCAACAGUCCUCCGAACAAGCUCACCGUCUUCAUAACUUUCCAACAUGUGCACUCUCCAGAAAUUCAAGUUAGUCUUUUUCGUCCCACCCAGCGCCCUCCAAGCCUGCAAGACCGCCGUCUUCGCCGCAGGCGCUGGCCGCUUCCCAGGUUCUGGCGGCUAUACUGAAUGCUGUUUCACAUCCAAGGGCACAGGGCAGUUCAGACCGGGUGAUGCUGCCAACCCGCAUAUAGGCAAGGUUGGUACACUGGAGGAAGUCGAAGAAUAUCGAGUGGAGGCCAUCUGUCUUGGCAGAGAUACUGCAGUCGAAGCAGUGGCUGCAUUGAGGAAGGCACACCCGUAUGAAGAGCCGGCAUAUGAAGUAUACAAGAUGGAGGACAUGUGAGUUCGUCGUCCUCUGUAUUACUCUGGAGACUACGCCAAGACCUACUGUGACGACCGGGCCCUCAGAAGCCCCGCUGAGGGCGCGGAACAAAGAAGAGAA